AGACCGGGCAUCCGAAGAACAAGUGAUCUGGCAACACGGUAUCAGGUAUACUAUUCUCCUCUCAGGUAAGAGAGAUUUCAGUCUUCGGCGGUUAGUCGAGUAGCGUGCGCGGUCCGUGAAAGAACUUGACUUAACGACGUACCCGAGCAGGUUUUUCUCUCGUCGCAUACAGUUUGUGUACAUGUGAGCGCCUUUACCGCGAAUCGACGACCAAAAACAAUCAGCACGGUACUCUUAUGACUUAAGUGUUGUUGUUGUUGUUUGGAAUGAAAACAUAGUGCGAAUGUGUGAUGAAGUGUUGUAGUGAAUUUUCGAGCGAGAAAAUCCUCUUUUGAUACGGAGGACUAAAGAGUUGCAGUGCUGAUCUCUGGCAGGCUCUGUGACGGCCAUAUUGCAUACCACGCUGAGUGAGAUAUCUUGUGGUCGGCCGCAGCGCGUAAGAGCGAGAUACGAACCGUCCAGAGGCGAAGCAAGUUUAUAGACGGGGCGAAGAAGUGAAGGAAUGUUAGAGCACUGCAGUAUCUAAUACACAGACACACGUGUCAAACUUUAAACGCCACGAAAAUGCCCAAAUAAAAAUCGACGAUCGCAAUUCUAUGUUUUAUGUAUUAUGUUGUGAAAAAAUAAGAGUGACACAACAACAUGUGGGGAUUAUGCUGCUGCUUGUUGGUGACCGCAGGCCUUUUUAUGGUGGCAGGGGCUCACAAUUCCGGCCCCGGACCCGGAAGAAAACGACAGACCGUCACCGAACCGCCUUUCGGGUACUCGGCGCAAAUGCAGUCGAGGGCCGUGGACACCAGAGUUACGCUGGAGAUUGCGGAAGGGUUGCCCAAGGGUACCGCUGUGGGAAGGAUUCCAACGAAACCGGGCUUCACGUACAGAUUCAACGAGCCUCCUAGAGAGUUUACGCUCGAUGCGAACACCGGCGAAAUCAAAACAAACGCGGUUUUGGAUCGGGAAGAGCUCAAAAACGACAGAUACGAUUUGGUGGUUUUGUCGAGUCAACCGACUUACCCAAUCGAAGUUCGGAUUGUCGUUAAUGAUGUGAACGAUAACGCACCUGAAUUUCCCGAACGAAGUAUUGCGGUUUCCUUCUCGGAAAGCUCGGCGGCCGGUACGCGAUUGCUUUUGGACGCCGCCACUGACAAAGAUACCGGUGUGAAUGGCGUAAACGACGAUUAUAGAAUUAUUGCAGGAAAUAAAGACGAUAAAUUUCGAUUGGUUGUGACGGCCAAUCCUACCGGCGACACGUCCUACCUACACCUAGAGACGACAGGAAAGUUGGACAGGGAAACGCAGGGUGUCUACAGCCUGAACAUAUCGGCGAGGGACGGCGGCAAGCCGCCAAAGUUCGGCUAUUUGCAAGUCAACGUGACCAUUUUAGAUGUAAACGAUAACCCGCCUAUUUUCGACCACAGCGAUUAUAUUGUCUCGUUGAGCGAGAGUGUUCCCCCCGGAACACCUGUUCUGCAAGUGAUGGCUACCGACAACGAUUUGGGCGAUAACGCCAAACUUACCUACUACUUGGCGGACACGGAGCAUCAGUUCGCCGUCGACCCGGAAACCGGACUCAUUUCGACCACGGAAGUUUUGGAAUGCCCGCAGCAAAACUGCCUGCAGACCUUAAAGCCGGGCGGCAGUUGUCCCAAGAGCUGCGUGUUUACCGUUUUCGCCAGGGACCACGGCUCGCCUAGACAGGACGGCCGUACUUACGUAACAGUCAAUUUGGUGGACGCCAACGACCACGACCCUAUGAUAAGGUUUAGAUAUUUUCCUGCGACAGCGGGAUUUGCCACUGUGGACGAGAAUGCAGGGAACGGCUCUGUAGUGGCGGCUGUUUCGGUUGUAGACUUGGACGAAGGGUUGAACGGGGAUACAACAGUGAGGAUAAUAUCGGGGAACGAGCUGAACCAUUUUCGCUUGGAUUACACGCCCAGUUUCGAUAUAGUAAGGGUGAACGGGAUUUUGGACAGAGAGGAGAUCUCGAAGUAUAAUUUGACGGUCGUGGCGACUGACAAAGGCUCGCCACCUCGCACGGCCACGGCCUUUUUAAUUAUCCAUGUAAAUGACGUGAACGAUCACGAACCAGUUUUCGAAAAAAGUGAAUAUAGCGCAAUUUUAAGCGAGCUCGCUCCUCCCGGCACAUACGUAGCGGGAAUAACAGCCACCGACGAGGAUUCCGGAGUGAACGCGCAAAUUUUCUACGCUUUUGUCUCCGGCAACGAGCACGAGUGGUUCGCAAUCAACUCAAACUCCGGAUUAAUUACGACAAGUGCACCGCUGGACAGAGAGAUACAAGGUACUGUAGAACUAAACAUUUCAGCUAGAGACGGAGGGCCCAAUCCCAAAUGGGCGUACACCCAAUUAAAAGUUACCGUUUUAGACGAGAAUGACGAAGCGCCGCAAUUUUCUCAGUCGAAAAUUAAUGUUACGCUGUCGGAAAACGCGCCUGUCGGUACGCUCGUUGCGAUGCUGACGGCUUCUGAUCACGAUCAGGGCACUAACGGAAGUGUUACUUACUCAUUACAUUCUGCUGUCGCGCCGAUUUACGAACACACUUUUCAAUUGGACUCAUUAACAGGACAAUUGACGACCAAACGGAACUUGGAUCGCGAGGAAAUUUCCAAGUACGAAAUAAACGUUGUCGCUAAAGAUCAAGGCAUCCCAUCGCAAUCUUCCACCGCUACCGUCUACCUAAACGUUCUGGACGUCAACGAUAACAACCCCGAGUUUUAUCCACAACAAUAUUUCGUACCGGUAUCGGAAAAUAUCAAAGCAGGCGCUUCCAUACUAAAAGUAUCCGCGACUGAUAAAGACGACGGCGAAAAUGCUAUGAUAACAUUUAAACUAGAGAACGGUGGCGACAAUUUGUUUUUCAUCGACGAGUGGACCGGCGUAAUUUCUCUACGCGAAAGCCUAAAAGGCUCCUCCAAACCCAUUCACAAGCUAAAAAUCUCCGCUAAAGAUCACGGCGAUAAAAGAGCCGUGCAAGACGCAACAGUCGAGAUUAUAAAGAAGUCAUACCUAGAAGAAUUACACUUUGACAAUUAUGGCGGAUAUGAGUUCGAAAUUACCGAGGAUAAUAAAGAGUCGACAAAAAAUAUUGAGAGAGACGUCGGCACCGUUCACGUACGCAAUAAUGACGCCACUUAUUCCAUAGUUUACGGCGACCCGAAGCACAAUUUCUACAUUAACGAGAACACCGGGAAAAUUAUGACAGCUAAAAAAGUCGACCGCGAGCAGAUGACGUCGUACAGUUUGACAGUGGUGGCCCGUGUGGGAUUAUCGUACGGCAACACGACCGUCAGCAUCGUCGUGCAGGACCUCAACGAUAACAAACCGGUAUUCGUACGCGAUAAGGAAGAAAUAAAAUUGCCGGAAAAUGCCGCAGUAGGGCAAGAGGUUUAUCUGGCACGCGCCAGGGACCUGGACGCAGGUAUAAACAGCAGGGUGACGUACAGCCUGAGUUACAAUCCGGACGAACAGUUGAGGAUAUCCGAGGCGACCGGAGUUGUUUAUCUGAACAGGCCCAUCAGGGCGGAACCCGGAACGACGCUGAACGUGGAAGUGACUGCCACCGAUUCGGGGGAACCGCCGUUGUCGUCGAAACACGCUGUCUUGAUAACGAUCGAGGACGUGAACGAUCACACGCCCGUUUUCGAUCACACGUCGUACGAAACGUCGCUCUUGGAGUCGACCCCGGUCAACGAGAGAUUUUUCGCGUUGGCGGCCAGCGAUGCGGAUUUGGGAGUCAACGGAAGGGUUUCCUACAGCAUAGUCGAGGGUAAUAACGAGAAUAAGUUUGGCGUUUUCCCCGAUGGGUACUUGUAUGUCAGAAAGGCAUUGGAUCGGGAAGACAAAGAUUAUUAUUCAUUAACAGUGAUGGCUAGCGAUGCAGGAAAUCCGCAGAGAUCUUCGAGUGUGCCCGUUGUUAUUCAUGUAAUUGAUGAAAACGAUAAUAGCCCUGAAUUUACGAACAGCACAUUUGCGUUUAGCAUCAGAGAGAACGAACCGCCCGAUUCUUUUGUGGGAAAACUGACGGCCAGCGAUAAAGACAUAGGAAGAAACGCUGAAUUGAUUUUCUCUCUGUCCAAUUUGCAGAACGAUUUUUCCAUAGAUCCGAAGAACGGUUUCAUCAAAACUUUACAUGUUUUCGAUCGCGAAGACUUGGUGCAAACCAAGGGACAGAAUUUUAUGACACUGGAGGCUGUAGUGACCGACAACGGAAAUCCCCGGCUGAAAGACAAAGUAAAAGUAAACAUUUUCGUGACAGAUGUAAACGAUAACGCUCCGAAAUUCAUUAGAGCGCCUUACAAAGUGCAAAUCUCGGAAGGAUCGGCCAACGGUACCCAAGUGCUCCGUUUGUACACGACCGACGCUGACGAAAGCCUGAACGGUGACGUUUUUUAUUCGAUUGCGAAUGGAAAUGCGGAAAACCGUUUUGAAAUAGACGACGCUACCGGGCAAAUAGCGUUAGCUCGAUCUCUAGACCGCGAAACAAACUCGAAAUACACUCUAACAGUGUUGGCGCAUGAUGCCGGCAUCACGAAACAAUUAACGUCAACGACGACGGUUACGAUAGAUGUGCUGGACGAGAACGACAAUGCUCCGGAGUUCACGCAAACCGACACGAAAAUAUCGGUCGUGGAAACGACGGCCAUCAACACGGAAUUAAUCCAGUUCCGAGCCACGGACGCGGAUUUGGGCGUCAACAGCGAAAUCACCUACAGCAUCACGGCGGGAAAUAGAAAGGACGCCUUCCACAUUGACUCCACCACGGGGGUUCUUUAUCUGCACAAACAGCUAGACUACGAGGAGUUGAGCUCCUAUCAGCUCAACAUCACAGCCAGCGAUAACGGCAACCCGCGCCUUUUCACCACCAUACUGUUUGCGAUCGCAGUGGAGGAUGCCAAUGAUAACCCGCCCAGUUUCCCCAGUACCGCAAUUGUGAGGCAAAUCCGCGAAGGCAUCCCUGUACGAACACCUAUAGUAACUGUAACAGCAGAUGAUCCAGACUCGGGCCUAAAUGGAAAAGUAACUUACACUAUAUCACAACAAGAACCCGAAGAUUUUAGAAGACAUUUCGGUAUUAACACUUUGACGGGAGUAAUACACACCCUUCUACCCAUCGAUAGAGAAACCAUAGAUACCUUCAGAUUAACCGUGAUCGCUACAGAUCAAGCGCAACCUAUAACAGCUAGAUUAUCCGCAGAAAAGUUGGUAACAGUGAUCGUGGAAGACAUCAACGAUAACACCCCUAUAUUCGUAUCGAUGAACGCAGCGGUAAUGCCGCAACCCUUCAAAAUCGCAGAUAAGGAUGGUUUAACCAUAAUGAACGUUUUUGCUAGAGACUUGGAUUCAGCCACGAACGGCUUAGUCACCUAUGAAUUAACCAGUGGCAAUACCGAUUUAUUCAAACUGGAUCAAAGCACCGGCGCCCUAAAACUACGCAGAAGUCUACAAAAGCCCGAUGCCACAUAUCGCCUUUCAGUGAAAGCGACAGAUGAAGCGGUCCAAAGUGAGAGAAAAUCCACGGAGGCGUACCUAACGAUUAUAUCGACGAAUAAUCUGGACCGCGGUCCAGAUUUCGGUAGUGACGUUUAUAGCGGCAGUGUGUACGAAAACGAGCCGCCCGGCACAAGUAUUUUGACUGUGUCAGUGAAUUUUCACGCCGGGGAAGUGGAGUACUACGUGACGAACGUGACAGGUGAUAACGUACAAGUGGACCGAUUGUUCGAUAUUGACACCAAGUUGGGCGUUUUGUCCACCGCAGUGGAGCUGGAUAGGGAGGACGGCGUAGACGUGUACGAAAUCGAGAUUUACGCCAUCGUUGUUGGAACCUCGUCGCCCAAAACAUCAAAAACUAAGGUUCAAAUCACAGUUUUGGACAAAAAUGACAGUCCUCCAUCGUUCAAAGACACCCCAUUGCAAUUCUUCGUGUCGGAAGAUUUGGGACCAGGGCAGUCCAUAGCCACCAUUAGAGCUGAAGAUCCCGAUACCAUCGGGGAGUUGGAAUAUUCCUUGAUCAAAGGACACGACGGUCACUUUACAUUGGACAAAAAUAGUGGCGUUUUAAGAUUGGAGGAUUCCUUGGACAGGGAAACUAAGGACACGUAUAAGCUAACUGUGAGAGCCAGUGAUGGGAUACAGUACACAGAUACUGUGGUCACAGUUCAGGUGACUGAUACCAAUGACAACGCACCAACCUUUCUUGAAAGUGCCUAUUCCUUCGACAUCCCGGAAAAUGCUGGAAGGGGUUCCAGGGUUGGGCAAGUAAAAGCGACCGAUUUGGACUUGGACCUGAAUGCCCAGUUGACUUACACGGUCAUAAGCGACUGGGCAAACGAUGUCUUUUCGCUAAACCCACAAACUGGAGUUUUUACUCUCACAUCUCGAUUGGAUUAUGAAGAAGUUCAACAUUACAUAUUGGUGGUUCAGACGCAGGAUGCUGGCCAUCCAGCUUUAUCCAGCACCAUCACGGUUUAUUGCAACGUUCUGGAUCUUAACGACAAUGCACCCUUAUUCGACCCAAUGUCUUACAGCAACGAAAUUUUCGAAAACGCUUCCAUAGCUACUCCAGUGGUGACGGUCAGCGCUACUGAUUUGGAUUCAGGUUUAAAUGGUAAAAUCUCCUACUCCAUCACAUCGGGAGAUGAGCACAACAACUUUGAGAUAUCCGAAAUGGGAGUCAUCUCAACCAAGAAGAUUUUGGACAGGGAAGCACAGGGUCUUUACAAUUUGGUUGUCACUGCAACUGAUCAAGCCCAACCAUCAGAUUUGCGCCUAUCCUCUACAGUCCAAGUCACUAUAAUUCUGAAAGAUGUCAACGAUAUGGCACCGGAGUUCAUAACACCAAACGAAACGUCCAUAGCUGAAAACAUCCCUAUCAAUACCGUAGUGAUGGCUAUAAAAGCCGUCGAUAAAGACGAGGGUAGAAAUGGUUACAUUGAAUAUUCUUUGAACAACGAGUACGAUACGAACGGGAUAUUCUCGCUGGGGCCGGUGGACGGGCUUUUAAGGGUGGCGGGGAAGAUUGAUAGAGAAAUUAAGAGCAAUUACACUUUAGUGGUGACUGCUAGGGAUAGAGGUGAUCCUCCUAAAUCGACCGAUAUGAAAAUAUUCGUUGAUGUCUUGGAUGAAAAUGAUAACAGUCCUGUUUUUGAUCCAAAGCAAUACAGUGCUAGUAUUGCUGAGAACGCUUCGAUUGGCGCGAGCGUUCUUCAAGUUUCAGCCACUGACAUCGACAACGGCCUGAACGGAAGGGUACGCUAUUCGAUAUCAUCAGGAGACACGAAUCGCGACUUCAGCAUUGCCGAAGACACUGGCAUAGUUAGGGUGGCCAAAAAUCUAAACUACGAGCGGAAAUCUCGCUAUGUUCUUACAGUGCAAGCCGAAGACUGCGCCGGCGACAUCAACGGCGACGCUGUGAAGUUUGACACAGCCGAAAUCGUUAUAUCCGUUUCCGAUAUAAACGAUAACCCACCUACGUUCUUGGAUUCACCCUACUUGGCUUUUAUCAUGGAGAACAUCAUACCACCCAACGGUGGUUACGUAAUCACUGUAAAAGCCUUUGAUGCCGACACCCCACCCUUCAAUAAUUUGAUUCGUUACUUCAUCAAGGAAGGUGACACUGACAUAUUCAGGAUUAACGCCAGUACCGGCGAGAUUUCCCUGCUACGAGCACUGGACAGGGAAAUUCAAGGAGAGUACAGCCUCAGUUUGGUUGCCAUGGAUACCGGUUCUCCGCCAUUAACCGGAACAGGAACAGUUCGUGUGGUUGUCCAAGACGUCAAUGACCACAGCCCAGAAUUUAAAAGACAAUACUACCACACCACAGUAUCGGAAAAUUCACCUGUUGGAACCUGGGUUCUAUCGCCCAUUGCCACAGACAAGGAUAUCGGAUUAAACGCAAAAAUUCGCUACAACAUUUUGGGCGAUAAAGUGGAUCGAUUCAGAAUCAAUCAGGACACUGGCAUCAUAACGACCGAUGUUAGUUUAGAUAGAGAGGAAACUGAUGUCUACUUUUUGACGCUUAUGGCGCAAGACUGCUCUGCUACCGAACCACGAGCCACAACUGUGAAUCUUACCAUAACUGUAUCGGAUGAAAAUGAUAAUUCACCCACUUUUUCCUUCACGAAAUAUGAAGUUUAUAUUUCGGAUAACACCAGAGCGGGACAAUUUGUGUUUGGCGCAAGAGCUACCGAUGACGAUAUAGGUCGAAACAGCAAGAUAACCUACAUGAUAACCGGAGAACAUUCAAACAACUUCAAUAUAGAUCCCAAAACUGGCGUUAUCAAAGCUAUAACCGAUUUAUCCAAAGUAUCCACAACUAUAUUUAACCUGGAAAUAGCAGCCAAAGAUGGCGGUGUGACUCCUAGACAAGCCAGUACGGAGCUAAAAGUGUUCUUGAAGCCUGAUUAUCUAUUCCCGCGUUUUGAUGCGCCCAAAAGCACUCAAUUCACUCUUCGAGAGAAUGUAGAACGCGGUAAAACCAUCGGUAUCUUCAAAGCGUUCUCGCCAAAAAAAGGACAAGCUGGAGAAGUUAAAUACGCCAUUGCUGGCGGUAAUAUUGGUGAAGCCAUUACCAUGGAUAUAAUUACGGGUGAAGUACAAGUAGCUGGUAAAGGUUUGGACUAUGAAACAUCGCCAAGAUACGAGGUGUGGAUUGAAGCUCAAGACUCUGAUCACCCAGCUUUACGCAGUGUUUUACAAUUGACUAUAAACGUAACAGAUGCCAAUGAUAAUCCACCUAUAAUGAGCAGUGCGUUGUACAACUCAUCGGUGAUGGAGGAAGAAAUGCCUCCAUUACUUGUGGUUAAAGUAUCGGCAACCGAUAUAGAUUCAAACAAGAACGGACAAGUCGCCUAUAGGCUUCUGGAUACUUUUGACGAUGCCUUCGAGAUUGACGAAAACACUGGCGAAAUUUAUACCAGCAGGAAGUUGGACAGAGAAGAUGUAGCUAGUUACGAGCUCACCGUUGAAGCUUUCGAUCGAGGUUUACCGCAGCUGACCGGAACGGCAAGUGUGAUAGUUACUGUGCUCGAUAAAAACGAUAAUCCACCGCGAUUCACGAGACUUUUUAGUGUAAACGUGACGGAAAACGCCGAAAUCGGCUCCUUUGUUAUACGGGUCACCAGUUCUGAUCAAGACAUUGGUGAAAAUGCCAACGCUACCUACAGUUUUACUGAAAAUCCCGGCGAUAAGUUUAAGAUCGACUCCAUCACUGGUAACGUUACUGUUGUUGGGCAUUUAGACCGAGAGCAGCAGGAUGAGUAUUUGCUUAAAGUAACUGCAGUGGAUGGAGCGUGGCGUUCCGAAACGCCUAUUACCAUCACGAUACAAGAUCAAAACGAUAACUCGCCCGAAUUCGAGCACUCCUACUACAGCUUUAACUUUCCGGAAUUGCAGAGAGAUAUUGUUUUCGUCGGGCAAGUUAUAGCGACUGACAGAGAUAAACAAGGACCCAAUUCGGUCAUUAGUUACUCACUGCAACAACCGUCGGAUCUGUUUACUGUGGACCCUGCUUCCGGGGAGAUUUUCAGCAAGCGUAGCCUACGAUACAAGUACACGCAGUUGGAAUCGUCACCUGAAAAUACCUACGCUCUAACAAUCCUAGCCACUGACAAUGGCAAACCCCCGAUGUCGUCGGAAUGUCUGGUGACGAUUAACGUCGUAGACGCCAAUAACAACGCACCUAAAUUUGAACAACAAGAAUACUUAUCACCGGUUCCAGAGUUAGCUAUAGAAGGCCAACAACUUCUUCAUGUAAUCGCCAAAGAUGACCUGGAUGUUGGAGUCAACGCCGAAGUAGAAUACACCAUAUUGGCCGGUAACGGCACGAAGCAUUUCGUCGUAGAUAAAACAUCAGGUGUGAUAUCACUCACCCAACAAUUACACCAUGUUGGCGACGUAUACAAUCUCCGAAUCCGAGCUACAGAUAAAGGCGUCCCAUCUCAACAAGAUGAAGCUACGGUAACUCUUAUAGUGACAGGAGAAAAUAAAUACAGCCCAAUUUUCACAGCGUUGAGUUACCAAGUGAUAGUGCCUGAAAACGAACCUCUUGGUUCUACCAUUCUGACCGUAAGUGCUUCCGAUGGUGACCAAGGUCCAAACGGCAUGAUAAGAUACAAUAUUUCCGCCGGUAAUGAAAGAAAGGAGUUUGCUAUUGACGCCAUAUCGGGGGCUGUCACAAUAUUACAACCACUGGACUAUGAUAUGAUUCAAGAAUAUCAUUUGAAUAUUACAGCGGAGGAUCUCGGUUUUCGACCUAGAAAAACCACAGCUACAUUGACAAUAACAUUAACAGAUAUCAAUGAUAACUCACCAACAUUCAACCAGUCUGUAUAUGAUGCCUAUAUCUCUGAAAAUCUACCAGCAAACACAUUUGUAUACAAAGUGAAAGCAACAGAUAUUGACUCACCGAAGAACGCCAUCACACAGUACUCAAUAUCAGAAAGUCCCGAUAAGGAAAUGUUUACAAUCGACCAAAGUACAGGCAAAAUUACAGCUAAAGUGAGCUUUGACUUCGAAGAGAGAUCUGUAUACAGCCUUAAAAUCGUUGCAAGCAAUCCAGAUUCGACUAUGUAUGGCAGCUGUGAAGUUAUUAUACAUAUUACCGGCGUCAACGAGUACUAUCCAAGGUUCAUACAGCCUGUCUUUCACUUUGAUGUAUCAGAAUCCACUGAAAUCGGAACGAAAAUCGGUACAAUACAAGCCUCAGAUCAGGAUGCCGGGGAAGAUGGUAAGGUAUACUACCUAUUCGUUGGUUCGAGUAACGAUAGAGGUUUCAGUAUAAACUCUGAAACGGGUACUAUAAUAGUAUCGAGGUAUUUGGAUCGCGAAACACAAAGUAGAAUAGUUUUGACUGUGAUGGCUAAAAAUAGUGGAGGUAUAAGAGGUAACGAUACUGAUGAAGCACAAGUGAUUGUCAGUGUACAGGAUGGAAAUGAUCCUCCAGAAUUCCUGCAAAGUCUAUACGAAGCUGAAAUAUCAGAGGGAGUACAAAUUGGUACUGAAGUUGUUAAAGUUAAAGCCAUUGAUAAAGAUGUAAGAGCACAAAACAAUCAGUUCAGUUACUCCAUUAUUGGUGGCAACACUGAGCAAGCCUUCAAAAUAGACCCACAAACAGGAGAAAUACAAACUGCCAGACAUCUAGAUAGAGAAACCAUAAUGAUGUACACUUUAACCAUAGGCGGAAUAGAUACAGGGAUACCACCACAAACUGGUACCACAAUGGUUAAAAUAAAGAUAAACGAUAUCAAUGAUAAUGGGCCUAUAUUUGAUCAAUCGCAAUUAAUAGGUCGUGUAAUGGAAAAUGAAUCACCAGGAACUAAAAUUAUGACCCUCUCAGCUAAAGAUCCAGACUUGCCGCCUAACGGAGCACCAUUUAACUACAGAUUGAUCGGUGGAAAACAUAAAGACUACGUGAAAAUAGACAGACAUUCAGGCAUUGUUGUGACCACCAAAGUAAUUGAUAGGGAGGUAACACCCGAACUAGACAUAUUAGUGGAAGUUGAAGAUAGCGGAACGCCAAAAAUGAAAUCACAACACAACAUAAAGAUCGUCAUUUUGGACGAAAACGACAGCCCUUCAAGUUCGAGAUCUGUACAUGUAAUAGUGUUUGCAUUUAACGGUAAUUUCCCGACCGGUAAAAUCGCUGACGUGCACCCUAAUGAUCCUGAUACCACUGGGGAUUAUAAGUGCAAAAUAAUGCCGAAAUCGCAACACUUGAGCAUUCUUUCAAUACCGAAUAGUUGCAAUCUCUACACGUCGAAAAUAACACCAAAUCAAGGGUAUAGCUUAUCUGUUUCCGGCAACGAUGGAAAGCACUCCGAUGUUAUGUCCACCGUAACAGUAGAGUUUAUGGUGUUUAAUAAUGCCACAGUUGAAAACUCCAUAACAAUAAGAGUGGCGAAUUUAACAGCAAACCAGUUUUUGGCCUCCAACUACAGAAACUUCCUAGAGAAUUUAAAACCGGUUCUCAGCAGUGGCGAACAAUUAAACGUAUACAGCUUGAAUGAGAUCGAAGAAAGUCUUGAACUUACCGUAGCUAUCAACAGUGGUAGUACCUAUAAAAGCAAGUUCUACACCAAAGAAAAAGUAUUGAAGAAACGCGACGUCCUUAUAAAUCUAUUUCAAACCUCUAAUGUUAAAAUAGGUUACUCCCCUUGUAACGAAAAUACCUGUGAGAACGGUGGUAUUUGCACGGAGGAAAUAAGCGUCAAAAGAGACACCAAAAUCACUGAUAGCCAAAAUAUCAUCUUUACCUCGCCUCUAAUCGCACACGAUUAUACUUGUCAGUGUGCUGAAAGUUUCACUGGGCAAAACUGCAAUAAACGACAAGAUCCUUGUCUGCCAAACCCCUGCAAAUCCGGUGGCCAAUGUAGAAGACAAGGCUUCAACUUCCAAUGCAUCUGCCCUAGCAACAAAGACGGAAAAUACUGCGAGUUGGAGAGAGGCGAUGCUUGCUCGGAAAAUCCGUGUCAAAACGGUGGAUCAUGUAGAGAAAGUCCAGACGGUUCCUCGUUCUUUUGUCUGUGUAGAUCGGGUUACAGAGGCAAUCAAUGUGAAGCACUGGCGGAUUCUUGCAGACCUAAUCCAUGCUUACACGGCGGCCUUUGUGUCAGUUUGAAGCCCGGUUACAAAUGCAGCUGCACCGAUGGUAGAUACGGGAGACAUUGUGAAAAAUCUACCUUUGGCUUCCAGGAGUUAUCCUUCAUGUCAUUCCCAAGUCUAGAUGCCGCAACAAACGAUAUAUCAAUAAUAUUCUCCACCACGAAACCUGACUCACUACUGGUAUACAACUAUGGCCUACAGACUGGGGGACGCAGUGAUUUCGUGGCUGUAGAACUGAUUAAAGGACGAGCUGUGUUCUCUUUUGGAGGUGCUAGAACUGCAAUAACGUCGGUAGGAGUCGGUGGAAAGAAUAAAAGUUUGGCUGACGGAAAUUGGCAUAAAAUAACCGCGACAAGAAAUGGAAGAGUCGUUUCUCUCAGCGUUGGAACUUGCAGUGAUCACGGCGAUGUUUGUGAUGACUGCAGACCUGGCGACAACUCUUGCUAUGCUGAUGAUAUUGGCCCCGCAGGAACCUUAAACUUCAACUCACAGUCCCUUCUAAUCGGUGGUCUCAAAAAUGCCGAUCCAGUUUUGGAACGACCAGGUCAAGUCCACUCGGAUGAUCUCGUUGGUUGCGUCCACAGUGUGUCGAUAAAUGGAAGACAACUCAAUCUAAGCCAACCCAUGGAUUCUUAUGGUAUAGAGAAGAAGUGUACUAGAAGAGGAACGUGCUCACCCAACUCGGAGGACCCAUGCCUUGGUUUUGGUCAAUGUUUGGAUAGAUGGUCUGCGGUUAGUUGUACGUGUGGUGAUAAUCUGAUAUCUCCCGAUUGCCACAACGCCUUGCAACCUAUAAGUGUCAGCGAUGGGGGUUACGUGGAGUUUAUGGUUUCAAAGAAACACAAGAGAAUGCAACUUUUGGAGAAAAUAUACUACGGUUCUACACUAUGGAACCACCAAAGAAAACCACGUUCAGCACCUCAGAUAACAAUCAAGAAAAUGGACGAAACUCCAGCGAAAACCAUCAGCUUGAUGUUCAGAACAGUGCAGUUAAACGGUAUAAUAUUCUACGCUACUAGCAAUAAACAUUACACUUCGGUGGAGUUGAUAAACGGACAAAUUGUUUACGUUAGUAAAGUAUCGAGUGUUGUUAACAUGACGGAAAAUCACGCCAGUGUUACGGACGGACAGUGGCACAAUUUGACUCUGUAUUCGUACAAUCGGGAUUUGGAGGUGUUGCUCGAUGACGAGAGGAUCGGAGAGGAGUUGGAUUCUGCGGGUGUCCACGAUUUUUUGGAUCCUUACUUGACGUAUUUAUCCAUCGGAGGUGUCGCGAGGAACGUUUACUUCGCCAGAGAUAACUUUCCCGAUAAUUUCGAAGGCUGCUUCGCGAACUUCAGUAUCAACAACGAAAUACAGCCUUUUAACGGGUCCGGUAGCAUUUUCUACGAAGUUAUAACUAAAGGGAAAGUCAGUAGGGAAUGCAAUGGACCUGUUGGUGUUGGUACGGCCACUACGCCCGACCCGUUGAGUAUUGGUAUAACUCUUGUUAUUGUUUUCUUUGUGGUUCUACUUGUUGCCAUAUUAGUUUCGUUUGUUGUAUUCCGACUGAGAAAACAAUACAAGGAGAAGGCGGGGGCGCCAGGUAGUCCUUCCGGUAUACACAGCAAGCAAAAUGGUGGGGCUACAAUCAUGACUACCAAUGCAUUGAAUGUUGGUGAUAAUGUUCUUGGACGCGCGUUGCAUUCAGCUGAUAAUUCUUUGGCGUAUCAUAGUGAGAAUGGUGAUGUUAUACGCGGUAUAGGCGGACAUCCUUUGGUGGGGCCGGAAUUACUGUCCAAGAAGUAUAAAGAGCGUGACAUCAUACAAGGAGAUCUACCUAGACCGCAGAGGCCAGAUAUAAUAGAACGCGAAGUGGUCAACAAAGGUCCCCCGAUGCGAGACGACCACCACCCACCUCUACCUCCCAAUUCCAACCACAAUCACGACCAUCCAAAUGAUUUGAGUUCGGAAAUGCCUGAGCAUUACGAUCUGGAGAACGCUAGCUCGAUAGCACCAUCCGACAUAGACAUAGUGUAUCAUUACAAAGGUUACAGGGAGGCUGCAGGGGUGAGGAAGUACAAAGCCACACCGCCGCCUGUUGGUUACCAUCAUAAACAUCAGGGUCAAGGUCAGCAGCAACACAGGCACUCGCCGCAUCACCCCUCAGCCUACCCACCUAGGGCUCCGCCUGUAACGAGUCCCACAUCUAGACCGCACCAAAGUACGCCUCUGGCGAGAUUAAGCCCUAGCAGCGAGAUGUCAGCACAACAACCGAGAAUAUUAACGCUGCACGAUAUAAGCGGUAAACCGCUACAGAGUGCUUUAUUGGCAACGACUUCCAGUUCCGGCGGCGUGGGGAAGGACGUUUUGCACAGCAACAGCGAGAGGAGUUUGAAUAGUCCCGUUAUGUCGCAGUUGAGCGGUCAGAGUUCCAGCAGCCGCAAAGUGGCGCCCCCUAACGCCGUAACGUCGCCUUCGCCGGGCAUGGGGUUGACAGCGGAAGAAAUAGAGAGGAUGAAUCAGAGACCUCGCACCUCUAGUCUCGUGUCCACGCUGGACGCGGUGUCCAGUUCCAGCGAGGCGCCGCGAGGCGGCGGCAACAGCCACCUGAACCACAUGCGGCACUCGCCGGUGCCGGAGACGCACCACAGUUCCACCACCACGGACGAGAGCGGGAACGACAGCUUCACGUGUUCCGAAAUCGAGUACGACAACGCCAGCCUGGCCGGCGACAAGUACAAACCGAACGAACCCGAACGACGGGCGGACUCGAGCUCAGGUAGUAAAAACAAUAUUCCUCCGCCGUCGUACGACGGCUUCGACUCUUCGUAUCGGGGUUCGAUGAGCACGUUGGUGGCCUCUGACGAUGAGAUCGGCGGGCCGAUGUACCGGCCGUCUGCCGGCUCGCCGUCCACUACGGCCUUGGGUUGGGAUUACUUGCUCAACUGGGGGCCCAACUUCGAGAGUUUCGCCGGCGUUUUCAAGGACAUCGCGGAACUUCCCGACUCCGUUAACGGCCGGGUUUCCUCAUCGUUAAGACUCACCAAUGCUCCCAAGCCAUCCGAGGAAUAUGUAUAGUAUUAAGCGAAAGACUUUAAAUCAAUUGUAAUUUAUAAAUUAAGACCUUGCAUCAAGGAUUUGUAAUUUUCUUGCCAUAUUUUUUGUAUUUUAUUGUAAUAUACUUAGGUUAGCAACCUGUUCUUCCUAUUUGUUUAAAAGACUUAUUUUGUAUAUAUUUUUUUACUAAGAGUCAUAAAUGUAGAAUUAUUUAAAUAUAAAACUAAC